GAGAGGCUCACAGGGAAGCUCUGAGGGGCAACAGAUCUGGUUUGCUCGGCUGAAAGACCAAACAAGAGAUGGAUUUUUGCACAACGUGAGAGAGGAGCAGCUGCUUCACAUAAGAAAAAUAAAGUCAGGAUGUCUGGGAUUGACGUUCCGUUGAUGGACCAAAAUGAGACCGGAAUCUCGUCAGUAGACAAUGGGACUUUCCUCCGUUUCUCCCCGACCUCUGCCUCCACAUCUGCGGCCGCCUCAUCUCCGGGGCGUCCAGGGAAUGUUUAUGUUUAUGUAUGGCUCUUUCUCGGCCUGCUGGUGUUCCUUCUGACGCUGCUCGUCAUUUCCCUACACAGGCUCAAGAACAUCAUCUCCUCUUCUUCCUCUGUCCCCGACUGCAGCAGCGAGGGAGGAAGCUCCUUCACCAACAUGGAGAUAUGUAGCAUCUCAUCUCAGAGGUCCACCAUCUCUGCACUCUCCACCUGAGGGAUGUGGGAGGGAGCACAUACAGUACAGACACAUGCACAUGUGCUCUCAUUCGUGCAUGCCCAUGCAAACAAAGGCAAGCAUGCGCACACAUAUAAAGCACACAGAGGUCCAGCACCUCCUCACUGUGACAUACAAACACAAAAACCUUUUGUCAGCCCCAAAGAAGCUGACAUAAUGGCAUUACAGUCCGUGCAUGCAUAUUCUAAUUCUGGCGGGGCCAUGCAAUCUGCAUAGGCACAGGGGAAAUAUCGCUCAUAAUGUGAUGAAGAGGUCUUGAAGGGUGAGUGUGAAUGCACCCUUCUGAGUCUCACUUUCACAAUUAAGACAAAUGAAUCUGAGAUUCUGCUUUCCCUUUGCGGGGAACAGCAUAAUGAGGGACUCAUUAUCUUUUCUCCUCUUUUUUCUUUUUGUCAUUUCUCGUAUUGCACUCGUGUUCAACUUAGAAGAAAUACUAUUGUUUGAAGUGAAGCUUUGUACAGCAUGCUUCAUAAUGUCUGUAGACCGCAUUGCAAACUCGGUAUAAAAAUCCUAUUAAAGCUCUUUAACUUUGUACAUGAAGUACAUACAUGUGUCUCAGCUGUUCAGUAAGGUUUUGGAAAUGAAAAGGCAAGAUACAUCCAAACUGUGAUCACGUCAGGUUGGCUUGUAAUCCUUCAAAGUACGAAGAAAGGAAGUUGCACAGGAAGAGGACCGAUAACAGUGAUGUGGAUGUGAAGGUAAGAAAGAAAUGACGCUUGGAGACUUGACAGACAGGCACCCACGGACUCCAGCUACAGACAGGCCAGGUCAAAAGUGGCAUCAACUACAAGAUGAAAUUCAGAGCCUGAAAGACAGGUCUACCAGCGUGACAGAUUACCACUCUCGCCUGUCAAUUUAUAAGGCGUCCGAUCCCGGUCUCCAUAGAGACUACAGCAGCUCUGUGCUGCCAUCAGCUUUUAU